CCGGGAGGCCGCGGCGUCCCAUCCGAGGCUUAGGGGCUGCAGCGGCUGGCAGUGCCCCCGCCCCCUCGCCGCUCCCUUCGGAAGUGAAAUUGGACAUUCAUAGAAGGCCAGGCAGCAUAAGAAAGAAAAGCAACCAGAACAAUUCCUUCCUGUGUGUUGGAACAUUUAAGAAAAGACAACUGUGAAACCUGGGUACCAUGGAAAGGGCUUGGCCUCAGCUGGUUGGGACUACAGACUUGAUGGGUGUCAUGUGAUUGUCCUGGGGAGCUGCUGCUGGAGUGGAAAUGCUCUCAGGGGUGGAGAAUGGACUGGACCCCCGGGCUGCCAUCCCGGUCAUCAAGAAGAAGCUAGUGGGCUCCGUGAAGGCGCUGCAGAAGCAGUACGUGUCCUCGGACGUGGUGGUCACGAGCGAAGACGGAGAUGCCAACAGCAUGUGCAGCGCCCUGGAGGCCGUCUUCAUCCACGGCCUGCACGCCAAGCACAUCCGCGCCGAGGCCGGAGGGAAGAGGAAAAAAGGCGCCCACCAGAAGCCUCUGCCUCAGCCUGUCUUCUGGCCUCUCCUGAAAGCUGUCACCCACAAACACAUCAUCUCGGAGUUGGAGCACCUGAUCUUUGUGAGCACGGAUGUGGGCCGCUGCCGGGCCUGGCUGCGGCUGGCCCUCAACGACGGCCUGAUGGAGUGCUACCUGAAGCUGCUGCUACAGGAGCAGGCCCGCCUGUGCGAGUACUACCAGCCCACGGCCCUGCUCCGCGACGCCGAGGAGGGAGAGUUCCUCCUGAGCUUCCUUCAGGGCCUGACGUCCCUGUCCUUUGAGCUCUCCUACAAGUCUGCCAUCCUCAACGAGUGGACACUCACCCCGCUGGCCCUCUCGGGGCUCUGCCCGCUCUCAGAGCUCGACCCCCUCACUACCCCUGGAGCUGAACUGCAGCGGAAGGAGUCUCUGGACUCCAUCUCCCAUUCCUCGGGCUCAGAGGACAUUGAGGUCCAGCACUCAGGCCACAAGAUCCGACGGAACCGGCAGCUCACCGCCUCCUCCCUCAGCCUGGACACGGCCAGUUCAUCCCAGCUCUCCUGCAGCCUCAAUUCUGACAGCUGCCUCCUCCAAGAGAAUGGCUCCAAGAGUCCAGACCGUUCCGAGGAGCCCAUGUCCUAUGACUCAGACCUGGGGAUGGCCAAUGCUGACGACUCGGACAUGUCUCUGCAAGAGGUGUUGUCGGAAUUCAGCAAAGCCCAGGUAAACUCUGUGCCAGCCAACGGACCGAGCCGAGAAACGGAGGUUCCCACGCUGCAGGCCCCGCUCCCCCUCCCUGGCCUCGACACCAGCACACCCCUGGACUUGGAGGAACCAGCAGAGCCCCGCCACGCCCAGGCCUCCCCUGGGACUGGAGAUGGGGACCACAAGCGGGAGCCGCUUGCCCAGGCGCCUGGCCUCCUGGGCUGGCCGCAGCCGGGCCCUGCCCAAGCUGUCCUUUCCGGGAGCGCUUCAGGCCAGCAGCCUCCUCGUCCCGUGAGAGACGCCACCAGAGCAGCCGGCCAGGAAAGCGGCCAGCAGAAGCCCCCGGAGGAUGACGGGCCUUGGCUCAGCCUUGCAGUUCCCUCCCCCACCAGUCCGAAAAGCAAGAGCUGGAUCUCAGAAGAUGACUUCUACCGGCCUCCCCGGGAACAGCCCACAGACAGUCCUCCUGAUGCCGCCACAGCUUCUCCCGGAGGGAUUCCCGAGUCAAGGCCUGACCUCCUGGUGCAAGAACCAAGACGAAGCUGCUCCAUGGAGGCCUUAGACAAAGCUUGCGCGCCUUCCCCAGGAAGUGGGAGAAGCAGGGCUGCCCCGGCGCCGCCGGAACACAGGAACUUCAGGGUGGUGCAUCGACGGCAGAUGGGGCUGUCCAACCCAUUCCGGGGUCUCCUGAAGCUGGGCACGGUGGAGCGGCGGGGGGCCAUGGGCAUGUGGAAGGAACUCUUCUGCGAGCUGUCCCCGCUGGAGUUGCGCCUCUACCUGAGCGGCAGGGAGCGCACCUGCGUGGAGACCUGCUCGCUGCUGCGCUGUGAGUCCGUGGGGCCGGCCCACAGCGACGGCCGCUUCGAGCUGCUCUUCUCUGGCAAGAAGCUGACCCUGCGUGCCUCGUCCCGGGAUGAAGCCGAGGACUGGCUGGACCGGGUGCGCGAGGCACUGCAGAAGUGCCGGCCCCAGCAGGAGGAGGAGUGGGUGACCAUCCAGUACCCUCACUCCUUCCUGCUCCCCACAGCUCCUGUCCUCCUUGCCGAGAUCCUGACUCCCUGCUUCCAUUCCUGGGCCCUGGUGGAGGGGUGGCAGGCCCUUCACCUUGGCAGCUGCUCUGUGGCUCAGGAGCUGACUCUGGCCCCACCGCUGCUCACCCUCCCUCUGCUCCUCUCCCCAGGCUGCUCCCGGCAGAUUGGCUUCUCAUUUGUACGACCCAAGCUCUGUGCCUUCUCUGGCCUCUAUUACUGUGACAUCUGCCAUCAAGACGAUGCCUCAGUGAUCCCGGCCAGGAUCAUCCACAACUGGGACCUCACCAAGCGCCUGGUCUGCAGGCAGGCCCUGAGGUUCCUGACACAGAUCCGGGCCCAGCCCCUCAUCAACCUGCAGCUGGUGAACGCGUCGCUGUACGAGCACGUGGAGCAGAUGCGCCUCAUCGGGAGGAGCCGGGAGCAGCUGAAGCUGCUGGGGGACUACCUGGGCCUGUGCCGGAGCGGAGCCCUGAAGGAGCUGAGCAAGAGGCUCAACCACAGGAAUUAUCUCUUGGAGUCACCUCACAAGUACAGUGUUGCCGACCUCCAGCAGAUCGCGGACGGGGUGUACGAAGGCUUCCUCAAGGCCCUGAUCGAGUUUGCCUCCCAGCAUGUCUACCACUGCGACCUGUGCACCCAGCGCGGCUUCAUUUGCCAGAUCUGCCACCACCAUGACAUCAUCUUCCCCUUUGAGUUUGACACCACAGUCAGGUGCGGCGAAUGCAAGACCGUCUUCCACCAGACCUGCCAGGCCGUGGUCAAGAAGGGCUGCCCCCGCUGUGCCCGCCGGCGCAAAUACCAGGAGCAGAGCAGUCUCACCUAAUCCCGCCCCUUGUCCCCACCCGGGACCCGGGGCUCAGCCAUCCCAGCCGGGUUGGCCACCAGCCUGGCCACACUCUCAAGGUGUCACAGAGCCAGGAAAACUCUCGGAUGAGACCAGAGCACUGGCCUACGAGAGGGAGCCCCGGGAGCCCCUGAUGACACCUCCUGCCCCCCACCCACCUGCUCCAGGAGGUGCGGACACCAGCAGGUGCCCCCUGUCCGAGGGUGUGGGCAGAGGGGGGGCUUUGCACUAAUUGGCCCGGCUCCCCUCACUGACACCGCAUCUCCAUGAGGGCUGUUCAACACUGUGGAAACAAGACUUGGGGAGCAUUUUCAAUUCCACAUUCCUGAUUAAAAGGUCUAGUUUUUUUAAGGUGGGUUUUUUUUCCCUUCAUAUUUCGACAGAAAAUAUUUUUUUAUUCUUGACCCUCCACCAGUCACCCAAGAAAUCCAGGUUCUCACCCUGAGCAGAUGUGUAGAAACCGCUCAGGCCCAGCUUGGAGGUGGGUGGUGGCCGGUGGACAGGCCCCCCAGGACAGAGCCCACCAGCUGGCGGGUGCCUUUCCUUCGCCCUCACCGGGCGCUUGCUGCUGACAGCUCCUGUACAACGUGCCAAACUGCCGUGGGCCAGGCGGGCCCAGUCCUGAGGAUCACGAUCUUUCCCCUCCACCCCCAUCUGCUCCCUGGUCCCCCCUCCACCUGAAAAGCCCGUCAAUUUCUCUGUGUCAAAACCCACCCCCCACCCCUUCUGCGGCUCUCCUGUAGCCUGGGAUCUUGGUCCCGAUGGAGGAGGGCUAUGACUCGGAACCAGCACUGUCAGCACUUUGAGCCUUCCUUGGUUCAGGGGAGGAUCGUCAUCAUCUAGCCCACCCCUCAGCCCCCUGCCCUCCUCACUCCUGCCCCUGACUGGCAGCCAGAUGGGCAGGGGGCUGCUGCAGACACAUUUCAGGAAUGCACCCCUGCCUCACGGACCCCGCCGGGACCGAAGUAGGCUGUGUCCACACUAACCCCCCACCGUCCUCCCACGAAGAGCGCCAGCCCUGCUGCAGAGAUACGCAAGGACAUGCAGGAGAAGCCACCCGUGGAAGGAUGCUCAGCCUGUUUAUGAAGCCAUGAGUUCACAAAGUUCUGCUGGACUAACCCAGGAGGGCUGCUGCCAAGAGAUUGGAACAUUUCACUGGAGCACAACUGCCUUUGGAGGGGGUCUUCAGGUGGAGCCUGAAAUUGUUUUCAAAGCGAUAUUUAGACCCUGGGGCUUUGUGGGGGGGGCAUGAUUUCUCUGUUGCCUCCCCCCACUUCUGGACCCAGCAGGCCCGCCUCAGCCCUGGGACCCCCCUGACCAUCUUAUCUGUGCUCAGCUGAGAUUGGAGGCCUCAGGUAGAUAUCCACCUUCACUGUCAAGAGACGAACCCACUCCCACCUCUCCCUUGGGGUGAUUCGGCUGCUGAGUCACCUGCCCAGCCCUGUGGAGCUGGAUAAAUUGUGCAAUAGAAUGGAGGAGGUGGUGGGCGGGUCAGGGAAGGGGCUGUCACAUAGCUUCUUUGUCCCCAUCACGGAAGCUGGUGCACACCUGUGCUCAGCCUCCUAAACCAGAAAGUGGAUCCUUAGCCCCACCCCCACCCCCAGCCAGCAUUAAUGCUCCACCAGAAACACAGCCUGAUCAGAGCCAUAAUUGGUGGUCUUGGGGUGGGCAGCACUGCCUGAACCCAGCCCUGUUAGUGUAUUCUGUAUCCCAGAAGAUCCCUAGGCGGCAGCGGGAGUGAGGCCCUGGAGAAGCCCACUUUGGUUCAGCGGGGGCUGGCACACCGCACUCCCUACCUUCUCUGGGAUCAGUAGCAUUAAAGCUGACCGCCCCCCUCCCUACCACCAAAAAGCUGCUGAUACUUUCAGAUGAGUUGAUUCACCCUCUUCACCUCCAGUGGAAAGCUGGUAUGAACCUCAGUAGUGCCCACACUAUUUUUAAAAUUUCGUUUUAUGCAAUAACCUGUUUCUAGAGGGCCCUGGCCCUGAGAAGUGCUUUGCCAUGUACCGGAGGAACUGCGGCCAUGUGACUUUUGAGUGAUUUUGCAGUAAAGACCUGCUGUUUCUAA